GUGCGCACUGACACACACAGCAGGAAGAGGGUGUGUGUUUGUGUGCGCAAGAAAGAGUGGGAGACUAAAUCCAAGAGGGAAAAGGAUACAGAAACAGCAAGACAAAGAGCAAGAGACAGAGCCAACAGUUUCAGUUAUUUGGAUGGGCAGUUGGGGGCCUACUGUGAACAAUGUACAAGGACUGAGUUGCGGAGUAAUGGAACUUGACUGACAGGACAACAAACCAGUCCACCUGUCCAGCACUGCCGGCUAUUGUUGGAAGAUUGAUCACUGUAUACGACUUUUAGAGGACCUUCGACACUUUGAACUUUUCAUACACUGGACAAUUUGGGGAUUGAAGAGAGCACGCAAGGAAAAACCACGAUUUCUGAGGACAAACACUACAGCUUUGAGUAAGAACUGGAGCAAAUUCGUCAUUAUAACAUAAACUGUAUAAAAGCACUGAUUCCACUGUUAUAUGAUUUACAGAAAUAAUAUUCUGUAUUCAUAAUGUAUAGGCUUGUGCAGCCAAGAAAAGACAUUCAGAUCUUAGAUAAUCUUAUGUUAAGGUCUCAAUAAAUAACCUUUACGUUUACUGUGCAAACUUCUACAUAACAGUGUAUAAAUGUGUCUUGAUGUUAAGCACACUACUGUAAUUACAAAGCAAGCUUAGGCGAACAUUACAGACAUUUAUAAUUAAGGACCAUCUAUAAAAAGGCAACCAAGGAAAGGGUGAAGUCUGUGCCCAACAAAAAAAGAGUGGGCCACAAGGACAGCACGUCAAGAAUCUCACCAAGAAAAACAGCUGCUUCUGGGAGCCUCGACACACAAGAUGGAUUCUAAUGGAGGACACUACCUCAACAAAGAAGCUGUGCUGUCACCUUUAGGAAUAUCCCGAAUGUGCCAGCUGCUCCUCGGUUGCACCAUAAUGGCCCUUGUCUCUCACAGCGCAGGCUACAGCGCCAGCUAUGGACAAUUUUGCAUGUUUGUGUGGUGCUUCUGCUUUGCUGUCACACUGGUUGUGUUCACCCUGGAUAUCACACGGCUCCACGCAUGCAUGCCUAUUUCCUGGGAUAACUUCACCGUGGCCUUUGCCAUGCUGGCAACACUCAUGUAUAUCACUGCCUCCGUGGUCUACCCUGUUUACUUCCUCCAAACAGAGUGCCCUGAUGAAAGCUGUGAGGUUCAAUUCUACCGCAUUGCUGUCACUGUCUGCUCCAGUGUCUGCUGCUUCCCCUACGGUGCUGAGGUUUUCCUAACUCGAGCAAAGACGGGAGCCGUGGUGGGUUACAUGGCUACUGUUUCCGGUCUACUCAAGGUAGUCCAGGGUUUUGUGGCCUGUAUCAUUUUCGGGGCCCUGGCCAAUGACAGUGAGUACACCCUCCACAUUGCCACUCAGUACUGUGUGGUGGUGUACAGCCUGUGCUUCACUAUUACUGUCAUAGUAGUGGGAGUGACAGUUUCCGGUAAGACCUCUGCCCUGCGGUUCCCCUUUGACCGGUUUGUGAUCGUCUACACCUUCUUCGCUGUGAUGCUUUACCUCAGCACUGCCCUCAUCUGGCCCAUCUUCAGCUUUGACAGGAAGUACGGCACCUCUACUCGUCCUGAGGAUUGCCCACGUGGAGAAUGUCCCUGGGACAGUAAACUCGUUGUGGCUGUGUUCACCAACGUAAACAUGAUCCUUUAUUUUGUUGACCUUGUUUACUCCCAGAGGAUUCGCUUCGUCUCCAGCUCUGCUGUCUGAACCUAAAGACUCUCCUAAAGACUAUAGACUCAAAAACCACAUCCACCUUGCUCUCCUCAUUCAAGUGUCUGUGAAGGACUCAAUCCCUUGGAUCCAUAGAUCUAUGCUACCGUAUCUAUGUGGACUUUUUUUUAUCAGUAUUAAUUAAACUGCCUAUAGGCAGCAAAAUUAACAGUAUUAUCCUAUUCGAACAACAAAUAAAGGCUUUUCCCAAGGUUCAGCAGUGACUUACCAGGAAGACCAGGUGCGCCGACGAUCUAAUCGUAGCAACUUUGUUCAAAGAGGAUUCUGGGAACUUUGUCCAGUUUUGCACCAAAUACAUCCCUCUGCUCCAGAUUCCUUUGCUGGUUGCAAACAGGAAGGACCUACGGGUGUGUUCAGAGUACAGAGGCUGAACCAUAAAUGUCUGUAUGACUCAAAUGAAGGAAGAUAUAUCUUACAAAUAGCAUAGGCUAAGUUUACAGUAUGCACUGAACAUAGCUUUUGGUUCAGCUUUUUGACCAUUUUGUUGUAUCUUGUCCCACAGUUUGUCAUCAUACACUGCAUGCAAUGCAAAAGUUGAAGGUCAUCAGGCUUUCCUGUCUUCGGCUGAAUGUUAAAUGUAUCUGAUACAUGAUUUUUUGAAAACAAGACAUUUAACAGCAGUAUUACAUAUCUCGAUAUCUCUUAUUUUGCUAUA